UGUAGCUGACUUCAAGUAAUCGAAUUGCGCUGUUGCGUCCUUUGACACGCUUAACCGUUUACGAAAACUGUUUCGCUACAUUUUUAAUGACAUUUUGAUCGUUUUACCAUGCCAAGUAUUCACAAAAAAUUCCGAAAGUUACGUCGAAAGCGAUAUAUUCGCACUUAGUAAUAAUUAUACCGCGAUAGUGUGUGAACACCAAAAACUAAGCUAGUGCCGUGUAUCCACCACAUAUAUUUGCUUUAUUGAUAUUCUGAGUGUCACAGGCCUUGUGGUGCCUAUGCAUAUCUUGAGAAUUUGGACAGUGUUCUAGAUUAUUUUAAGGACAUAAAGUUUCUCAUAUUUGGUUGGACCAUUAAGCAAACAUUAUGUCAGAAAUAGUUUACCCGCAAGGGUGCAGAUCUGUGACAGAGGAUCUGGGUCCAGAUGAACUCAUUAGGAGAUUAAAGACAUUAGCUCACACGUUACAAGCAAUGGGACAAGAUGAAGGAAUGUAUCAGCAAUAUAUUCCACUUGCAUUGCAUUUGGCAGAAGAACAUUUUCUAAUGCAUCAAAGUAAAGAUGUACAACUUUUAAUUGCAUGUUGUAUUGCUGAUGUUUUGAGGGUUUAUGCACCUGAAGCUCCUUAUAAAGAUGCAGAACAGGUCAAAACAAUAUUUUUGUUUUUAAUUAAACAAUUGGCUGGUUUAAAAGAUCCUAAAGAUCCUGCAUUUAAAAGAUAUUUUUACCUAUUGGAAAACUUGGCAUAUGUCAAAUCUUUUAAUAUGUGCUUUGAAUUAGAAGACUGUCAAGAAAUCUUUUGUGCACUCUUUUCUCUUAUGUUUAGGAUAGUAAACGAUGAACAUUCUGGGAAAGUGAAAAGCUUUAUGUUAGACGUAUUAUGUCCACUUAUUACAGAAUCCGAUAUUGUUAGUAAUGAACUUCUAGACAUUAUACUUAUGAAUAUUGUAGAACCAAACAAAACACAGAAAAAAAAUGCAUAUUUGCUUGCGAAGGAAUUAGUAAUUAAAUGUAGUGAUACAUUGGAACCUUAUAUUCAAGCAUUCUUUAAUCAUGUACUGAUUUUGGGUAAAGAGGAGAAAAGUUUACAAAUUUGCAAGAAAGUGUACGAUUUAAUUUAUGAGUUGAAUCACAUAUGUCCAAGCGUCUUGUUGUCCGUCCUUCCACAAUUAGAAUGUAAACUAAAAUCUUCUUCUGAAACUGAAAGAUUGGGCGCUGUAGCAUUGUUAGCCAGAAUGUUCUCUGAAAAAGGAUCUCAAUUAGCUGUACAACACACACAAUUGUGGAGAGCAUUUUUGGGAAGAUUCAAUGACAUCAGUGUAUCGAUACGCAUAAAAUGUGUACAGUAUUCAAUGCAUUUUUUACUGAACCAUCCUGAAUUAAGAAAGGAUAUUACGGAUACUCUAAAAUUAAGGCAACACGACGCAGAUGAAAGUGUCCGAUAUGAAGUUGUUAUGGCUAUAGUAACCACUGCCAGAAGAGAUUUUGAAGUUGUUUCAGACAGCGAAGAUCUGCUUGAAUUUGUUAAAGAACGAACAUUGGAUAAAAAGUUUAAAAUCAGAAAAGAAGCAAUGGCAGGAUUAGCGAUGAUAUACAAAAAACACUUAAAUGAUGCGGAUGUGCCGCAAGCUACUAAGAAAGCUGUUACAUGGAUAAAGGAUAAAAUAUUACAUGGUUAUUAUAUGGCAGGCAUGGAAGACAGAUUACUAGUAGAAAGAUUAUUGAACACCUGUUUAGUACCUUAUCAAUUACCAGCUGAUGAGAGGAUGAAGAAGUUGUAUCAUUUGCUAGGUACAAUUGAUGAUCACGCGUCUAAAGCUUUCGUUGAACUGCAGAAACAUCAACUUGCUGUACGGAGAGCGGUAGUUGAAUGGUUAGAAAUAGUGAAAAAACCAGAGGCAGUGGUUGAACUAGUGGCUAAAAUUCAUCAGAUAUCCCGCUUUUUACCAGACCCCAUGAAAGUUCAAGAAUUUUUACAGAAAUUUAGCGCUCAUAUGAGAAAAGACUCAACAUUGUUACAAGGAAUGGAAACAAUAGUACAACCAAAUGUUUCUUGUAAGGAAUGUGCAGAUACGAUAAGCAUGGUUCUCAAGAAAUUGGGUCAACCUGUUAUGACGAAUUUGUAUUACAACACGAUAAAGAUGCUGUUAGAAAGAGUCAGUUCUGUCAUGAUUGAUGAAGAAGCUAUUAGGGUUUUAAUUGGAUAUGUAUUAGAUUGUUUAAAAGGAGGAAAUGUGAUAGAAGAAGUUGGGCUUAACCCAAAUAAUGCAGGAGAAAAAGGUUUAAGGUUACUCGUGAUGCUUUCAUUCGUAUUUGGUCCACAUUUUCUUCACAAUGAUAUAUUGAUGCAACUUGUUCAUCUUCUGGAAUUAGAGGAUGAAAUGGUAGCACCAUUGGUUCUUUCAAUUUUCACGUUUCUAGGAAAAUAUAAACCUUUGUGCGAUGUUGCUCCAGAUAUUAUGAACCUUAUGGUUCCAAUUUGUAAAAAUUUUGCAGAAACAGGAACAUCGAAACAAGCAAAACAAGCUGUUAGAUGUUUAUUCGUUAAUAUGACCAAUAUUCACGACACCAUUUUCCCUGAAAUUAUUGAGAGAAUUAAAAACACUCUUACACCAACUUCAGAAUAUUAUCGAACAUCUAUAGUUACGUUAGGUCAUAUAGCUUAUAAUUUACCAGAGAAAUAUCAAGUACAAAUAAAGAAUAUGGUGUCCAGAAAGAUAGUCAAGGAGCUACUAGUAAAGGAAAGCAGUGAACAGACUUCUGACACCAUUGAAGGAGACUGGUGCAGAGAAGAUCAACUACCUGAAGAAACGCGUUGUAGAUUAGAAGGAUUAAAAUGCAUGGCUCGCUGGUUAUUAGGAUUGAAGACUGAUGUACUCUCUGCACAAAAAACAUUUAGAAUGCUGAAUGCAUUUGUAGUAAACAAAGGUGAUCUUUUACAACAAGGUCGCUUAAGUAAAGCAGAAAUGAGUUGGCUGCGAUUACAAGCUGGUUGCUCAAUGCUGAAGAUAUGUGAACAAAAAGGUGUUGGUGAUCAAUUCACAGCGGAACAAUUUUACAACUUGUCACAACUCAUGGUGGAUGAAGUUCCACAAGUAAGAGAGGCUUUUGGUAGUAAAUUACAUAAAGGACUUGGAAGAGGAAUUCCAAAUAAAUGUUUGCCACUAGAUUUUAUGGGCUAUUAUGCUCUCGCCGGCAAGGAACAAGACAAAAGACUUAAGUGUGUUUUAAAAACUUACAUGCAAACUGAUAUAAAUAAGAGGAGGGAUUAUGUGAAGACAUUAUCACUGGGUACCGUAGAACGGGCCAUGGGUAAGAAACUAAAUAGUCAAUUGCCUCACAUUCUUCCUGAUUACAUGCUAGUAUUCGCUGUCCCUAUACUCGCCCAUGAUCCUGAAUUCACGAGUCACGUGAUGAUAUCUCAGCUGAAAGUCAUACAGCAAUGUUUAUGGUUCAUAUUAGAACCACUUAUAACAAAGAAUGAAUAUUAUUGCUAUGGUUUUUAUAAAAAUCUCAUAGAACGAAUGAAAAGUCAUAAGGAUGCUUUGAAACCCGAAGAUAACAACAUAAACUAUAAAUUAUGGGCCGUUUGUGAUUUAGCUAUGAAUGUAAUAUUCACUAAAACGACAAAUUUCGAUAUGAAAGAAUUCCCAAGCGAGACACGGAUUCCCACUAUGUAUUUCAAGCGUGCAGAUGAACUUCUCGCUAACAACAGGAAUUAUUUACCUACUGAAAUGCAAAUUAACAUGUCGAGUCCAAAAGGAAAAGGAUCGCUUCACAAUGUACAUUCUGUCAGUGAAAGGCCGCAGCGCAGAGCUAAAUCCAAACAGCAAAAAGAAGUGGGCAUCGGACCGAACGAAACUGAUGCAAGGCUGCAAAUUGGAGAAGUGGAAUGUAUUGAUGCACAGCCAGCAGAAGCAUCAGAAACUAGAAUUCAAUUACCUGGUUUAGAAGAAGAGAUCGAAGAACCACCGGCAAAGAGGGCAUUAAGAGAAUCAGACAAAGUAAAUAAAUAAUUAAAUGAAUGAACUGUAUCCAAGGGGAUAUUAGUAAUAGGGGAAAGACUUAAGGGACGUGAUGAUCAUAAGAAUUAAAGAAUCUAAAAAUACUUUACAAAUUAGAAAACAGAAUAUUUUGGUUAUGUACAACAAUUAAUAAACCUGUCGUUCGCGUAUGUCUAGACAGUAAGGUGUUAAGAUAAUUAUACAUUAACGUCAAAUAAUGAUUAAUACGUGUAGGUUAAUAACUCGAAAAAUUUUUUUUGGAGUUACAAGAAAUUAAAAAUUUAUUAUUUGACACCAUUUGAAAAAUGUAUUUUUCUUAAUUACGAAAGGAUAUGUAAACGCGUCCUUCUUUCAACUUCUUCGUAUGUUAAAAGCAGUGACACAUUCGAUAAUAUAAAAUGUUUCUUUCACUGGAUUGAUAAAUGUAUGACAAACAUUUUUUUAUCAAACUUUUGGAAAAUGUUUUCUAAUUGAAGGUCUUUCUUCCUUACAUGAAAUAUCUGACAAUUGUUGUAUUGUUCACUUUUGCACUAAUGAAUAUAAACGUUUAUACUAUUUUACGCCCAUUUUUCUUCGGAUAAGUGUAAAAAGUAUAUGUGAUGAACUAUUCCCAAAUAGAAGGAUUCAUAUAUACUAUUAUCAUAGUUACUAUUCACUUUUAAUUCAAAAUAACUGAAAGCCGGUUUUGCUACAAAGAUAUACCUGUAUGUAUAAAAUACGUUACGUUUUUGUACGCAGAAGAGAACAACAUGACGUUGUUGGAUUUUUGUAAACAUUGUGUUCCAGGUAAACAGACGUGUGUCAAUCAGUUUUGUGAUCCAAAGUUGUUUGUUUCCAUUGAUUUGAUUAUGAUUAUUAUAAUUAAUCAUCUUAUUACGAUUAUUAUUAUUAUUAUUAUUAUUCUAUUCAGGAAAUUAUAGCUACAAAGAUUACUGUCUCCCAAAAUUAUUUGUUUAUAUUUUACUUCUAAAUUUAACUUAAAUUGUUUGAAAUUUGGUCAGCGUACGACCAUUAAUUAUUAAUUUAUUUCAAAAAAAAACGUGACCUUAUAAAUACUUCAAUAGUAUCUAUACAUGUAUCAAUUUAAAAAAGUUCAUCAUUCUCGCGUGUGACAGUUAUUCCUGUAUCGCUGUCAUUGUAUAUGUAUUAUAAACUACUUUCGUAUCACUUCAAUUCAAAUUUGUAUCCAAAAACUUUUCUGUAUCCUCUGUAAUUCGACAUAGCUAUUUCAAUUGUUUUAUAAAUACUUUGAAUUAACUAAAAGUGGUUAGGUAAUAUCUCCAUCCGAUAUUUUAUAAAUUCUUAUGCCAAUCAAAAAAUGUACAUACAAAUACUUAUAUAAUGAUAAUUUUAUACUGAUUUGUAUUAUAAUUUGUUUUAAACUUAAUUGGAUUGUAUAACUUAUUUUCAAAAAUUGUAUUUUUAUUAAUUAAUAUAAUGAGUAAUAAAAAAUGAUGAAAUUUUUAAAUAGAUAUGUUUAAAACAAUUAUCGAUUGUAAAAUAUAUUUGAAAAUUACAAACAUAUUUGAAAUUUUACUAAAGUUAAUAUGGAAAUUUACUGUUAAGGAAGUCAGAUAAGACGUUGGAUACAAAAAUGAAUAGAAUUCAAGUAAUUUAAAAUGGGCCUAGGUUUUAUAAAUUUCCUUUUUCAACAUUAGGAUUAUUAGCAUUAAGCAUUAAACUGUAUUAAACCUAAAGAUGAAUGGAAAUUGUGAAUGAGGCUGUGAAUGGUGAUGAAUGUUUGCUUUUAUUAUCUAAACAUUAUAGAAUAACACAUACCUAUUACCUCUUCACUAAAAUUACAGUACAAUGCAAAUAAUGCGAUUUUUACUUUCUUCCUAUUAUUAUCAUAGAUUACUCUUUGUUUCCUUCAAGUAUUGUUUCAUAAAACAUUAAUAAUGCAUUGUUACUGUUUUAUAUCCAUGAAAUUUCAUUCGACGUUUCUCAAUGAAAUUGAUAGAUUUAAAGUUCUUUGCAAUAUACUACCUUGUAUUUUAUAGUAUUUUUAGCAAUAUCUGUUAUUACAGAUAUUUAAUUGCAUAGUACUGCAAUUUUUUCAAACAGGUUAUAGACUAUGAAGUAUACAUAUUCUGAUGAAAAAAAACCAAUUAAUCAGUGCUAUUCAUCUGUCAAUCUGUGAGACGUAAGUGACGCAUUGUAACGGUUCUAUAAUAAAACAAAUUAAGUAAAAUAGUAUGUAUUUAAUAAGAGGUAGUUGCAGAUAUAAAAUUCAUCUUAACGUUUUCUAAAAGAUUGUCUGCUAUCCUUUUUUCCUCCGCCGAAAUUUUGCCCACCUUUAGUUUUACUUCGAUUCUUUUUAACAUUUGUCCUAAAAAGUCACAUAGAAAUUAUAUUUACAACUAUAAUAUUACAUAAUAUUUUAUUAUAAGCGUCGAAACAAAGUGUACUUACUCAUAACGCAUUCUCUUCACUGCUUUCUUACUUAUGUCUGUUAAAUCAGCAGCAAACGAAGAUUUCGAUCGUUUUAGACCAGCUAAAAUAUAAUCAU